AUGAGUAAUGACAUGAUCAAUGAAAAAGAAUUUAAACAGCUCUGUCGUCUUUUACAAAUUCAAACUGAUGUGACAAUCAAGGAUUUACGGAAAGCGUAUUAUCGAUUAGCGAAAAGUUGUCAUCCAGAUAAACACCCAAAUGAUGAAUCAGCUACAACACAUUUUAUUCUAGUCAGUAGAGCGUAUAAAACAUUAUGCAAUCAAUUGGAUUAUAAGAAUAAUAAUAAUAAGACAAAAACUUUUUCAAAAGAUACUACAAAAUCUACUUCACAAGAGAAAAGAUGCAGUAUUGCAGAGCAAUUUCUCUCUGAUCUUAAACGACAAGAUUUUGAAUUGUCUCAAUCAACCAGAGCAUAUAAUGAAAAUAAAAAUGCCUAUCUACCAAUCGAUAAAUUAUUGAAUCAUUUACUGGAAGCUACUUUACUCACUGAAGGUAAUUCGAAAGGAAGAACAUCAGAGAAACGUAAAACAUAUAACCCUAGAGAACGUCUUGUACAAUCUGGUCGACCAAGGUCUACAGCAUCAUACGGAACAAACCAACAGCAAUAUACCACACGAACAUCACAGCAUAACGAUAAAUCAAUUGUACCAUAUUGCAAUGAUAAUAAGCAAGUUGUUGUAAAACCUCCUUCUGAAGAGUUACCUAACGAAUGUUCAACGCACGGAAAACAUUCCGAUCUAAUAACAGACGAUUGGAUUAGUGAAGCUCAGAAUUUAUUAGACAAUAUUAAAUCAUCCAGACGACUGAGUCAUUCAACAUGUACACCGUGUUUAAAUACACAAUACAAUUCAGAUAUAGACAAAACUCAUCUACUUCCUGUUAUUGAUAAUCCAGGUAUUGAUUAA